AUGACAAGCAACUUGAAGUAUCAAGCUAUUAUUUUAGGUGGUUUUAAUGAACUGGGUACUAGAAGAGUCGGAAGAGAAUUUUUUUAUUUAGACGUCUCUGUCCCAUUUAAUACUCAAAAUAUAUUAUGGCACGAUUUAACAAGCAUUAAUAUAAUUCCAGCACAUUUGGCUGCUGCAUCCGUUAAAGGUGGUGCACAGAAUAACACCUUGUUUUUAUAUGGAGGAAUGCCUUAUGAUAAUACUGAAACAAUGGCUUUAAUUUAUGCAUUUGAUGCUCGAAGUUAUUCAUGGGGUAUUCCAAAAAUGUUUGAUGUCAAUAUUGGCAGAAAAGAUAACCUAAAAGGCAUUGUUGAUGAUAAGGGGAAAAUGUAUAUGUUUGGUGGAAAUUCUGGAGUUAAUCUUAAUGAUAAUCGAAAUGAUAUGAUUAUUUUCGAUACAAUAAAUCUAGAUUGGAAAAUAGGAAGUUCAAUUAAUGCGCCUUCUCCAAGAUGUGUUUUUGGUUCAACCCUCAUCUCGGAUCAUUUAAUUAUUUAUAUUGGUGGCUAUGAUAAAGUUGCUUUAUCAUUAAAUGAGGUAUACCUAUAUGAUACGAUUGAUGAUAAUUGGAGCACAAAGAAAACUUCAGGAAAAAUACCUUCAAACAGAAAUUCUUUUUCUGUUGUUCUUGGAUUGGAUGGACAACGAGUCAUAAUUUUCGGAGGGGCAAAGGAAUACGAAAAUCUUCAAUCUCAGAAUGCGCUUUACGUAUUAAAUUUAAUAAAUUACGAGUGGUACAUUCCAAAAAUUUCUGGAAAAAUUCCGAGUCCCAGACGUUGGCAUGAAGCGAACGUAAUUGGAAAAUAUAUGGUUGUAUCAUUUGGUCAAGGUUAUGAAGAUAAUGAUAUUUUAUUGCUUGACAUUAGUGAUAAUGAAGAAUAUAUAUGGACAGACAAUUUUGAUCCAACAGAUCCAAUUGAUCCAAUAAUUGGUCCUUCUCCUAAAAUUACAUCAAAAGAUUCUCCAACCAAACCUUCAAAAGUGCAGCCAACCGCUUCUCCAACACAAACAACAACAACGCCAUUAAAUGAAUCAGCUGUAAUUGGUAUAGCGAUAGCUGUUGGAUUUUUUGUAGCAUUCAGUGUAAUUUAUUUAUAUAGAUGGAAUAAAAAUAGAAGGGAAAGUGACAACCAUGAGAAUACCAGGCCAACCACUCCUGAUAAUACUUAUGGACAACGACCCCCUCGAAGGAGUAAUUAUGAGCCAGGAAUGAUUCCAGAAACCCCACCUUCUAAUAACGCUUACACCCAUGGGUUUCCUCCUGAAAGGAUUAAUAAUAAUGAGCAAGGAAUGAUUCCAUAUAGCGGGGGAAGUAUGAUUCCAUCUCACACGAACAUGUCCAUAUCUGCGAAUACUUAUGGGCAACAAACCAACCAUGAACAAGAUCCUCUUUAUUUAAGAUGA